GUUUCAGUAGCGCGAGGCAGCGCGAGCUGCGUGUUCAGUGGUUCCUGCUUCCGGCGCGCAGAGCCUCUCAGCAAACUUUCAGCAGUCCGGCCGCCCGCCCGCCGACACACUCCGUCCCGUGCUGAAAACUCCAGACUGAUCUGACAAAUUACCAGUUGUCAAAACACAGACUGAGCUUGUCAAACUGCGACAUGCAGGAAUCCAAGACAGAUCAAGCAUCCAACAGCAGUCCAGCUGGCCAGGAGCGACUGAACUUGGGCGUGGAGCAAGUGACCAAUGAGACACCAGUAAAAACAUCUACACCCAGCACGCACCAGAUACAACAGGCACUUCAAGUUGCUCAACAACAGCAACAGCAGAGUGGGGAGAAGUCCCAGAAGAGCGUGGAGAAGGAGGCAGAAACCCAGGUGCCUGUAUCGCUGGCCAUGAUGACUCCUCAGGUGAUCACACCUCAGCAGAUGCAGCAGAUCCUUCAGCAACAAGUCCUGAACCCUCAACAGCUGCAGCUGCUUUUACAGCAACAACAGGCAUUGAUGUUGCAGCAGCAACAGCUCCAGGAGUUCUACAAGAAGCAGCAGGAUGAGCUCCGACUGCAGCUCCUCCAGCAGCAGCACACCGGCAAACUCAGCAAAGAGCAGCAGAUGCUCGCCCAGCAGAUGGCUGUCCAGCAGCAGCUUCUCUCUCUUCAACAGCAGCAUCUGCAGAGGCAAGGACUGCUGACUCUCCCGGCCACGGCACUCACAUCGCUGUCCCAGAGUCUGAUUCCUGCAGAACUGCAACAGUUGUGGAAAGAUGUGACGGAGGUUAGAUCGGAGGAAAAAAGCAGUGGUGAGAAGUCACCCUCUUCUUCUAAACCGCCUGUUCUUAACCAGCACCCCAGUACCAACGGACACCACACACCCCGGCCAGUCAGGAGAGAGAGUUCACAGGAGGCUCAGAGCAAUCACCCACUCUAUAGCCACGGUGUGUGUAAGUGGCCUGGCUGUGAGGCUGUGUUAGGAGACUUCCAGUCUUUCCUCAAGCAUUUAAAUAGUGAGCAUGCACUGGACGACAAGAGCACAGCUCAGUGCAGAGUUCAGAUGCAAGUUGUUCAACAGCUUGAACUGCAGCUAGCAAAAGACAAAGAACGUCUCCAGGCCAUGAUGGCCCACCUCCAUGUCAAAUCUACUGAGCCAAAACCAACUCCACAGCCCGUGAAUUUGGUUUCCAACCUCACACUGGCAAAGGCCACUGCUCCCAAGCCCACUCCCUCCAUGAGCCUUUCCCAGAGUGCCACAGCACCAUCAACACCACUCACAUCACUUCCUCAGACUCCCAGUGUCAUCAUCCCCAGCAGCCUGCAUGCCGUGGGCCCCAUUCGCAGACGCUACUCUGACAAAUGCAACCUGGCUAUGGACCAAGACAUUGUGCAGAAUAAGGAGUUCUAUUUGAGCACGGAGGUCAGACCACCGUUUACAUAUGCAGCUUUGAUAAGGCAGGCGAUUUUUGAGUCCCCAGAAAAGCAGCUAACACUAAAUGAAAUCUACAACUGGUUCACGCGAACCUUUGCAUAUUUCAGACGCAAUGCAGCAACAUGGAAGAAUGCAGUACGGCAUAACCUCAGCCUCCACAAGUGCUUCGUCAGAGUGGAGAAUGUGAAAGGAGCUGUUUGGACUGUGGAUGAACUGGAGUUUCAGAAAAGAAGACCUCAGAAAAUCACUGGCUCACCCUCUUUGGUGAAGAACAUCCAGUCAAGUCUUGGCCAGAGCUCUGCUCUGUCUGCUCUCCAAGCUGCGAUGGUGGACAGCAGCUUGUCACUGUAUGGUUCUGCCUCUGUAGGAGGCUCCAGCCUCAAGACUCUGGUCAGCGCAAUGCACGAAGAGUCGAGUUUCCAUGAGCAUGACGAUGGCUCCCACAGUGACUCCAGCCUUGAUCUGUCUCCUCUGUCUGCUCUACAACAUGCUGGAUUUAAAGGGCAGCAGAUGGAGAGGGAGUACUUGGAAAGCUCCAUGUCGCCAGAGAUGGGAGAUGAAGACAGCCCUGAUAUCGAUCACGACGCAGAUUAUCCUGAAGAGCACGAGCCGCACACUGCUCGUCCCAUUGCUUUUUCUUGAAGCCCAGCCAUUCUGCAGCCACUUAACCAGCUAAUCAGUGUACCAGCAGACUCGGGGAAUGUCCACAUAUUCCACUUGGGAACAAACUAUUUAUUCUUGGAGCUACCUGUCAUUUUUUUUGUAUGCAGGGGAUUAACCUCAACGGUACUAAAGGGCUCCUCUGUGUUGAGCUCAUACACGUAAUGGUUAGCCCAUAGACUAGCAGAGGAUGUUCAUGGCUAUUCAGCCAUUGCUUAUGUGUCUUGAGUCUACAUUUUAAAAUAAGCACUACACACUACCUAGAUGCAGAAUCUAAUCACUGUAAUCAGGUGAUUUAUGUUAUGAUUAUCUCAAAUAUUUUUUUUUUGACACUAGAAGCACCUAGGACCAGACUUUGUUCAGUUUUAUUGUAGUAUGUGUAGGAACUCUGGGAACUUUAAUUUGCCCUGCGUAUGAGUCUUCUCGCAUCUGCUAAACUGUUUUUAAUCACCACUGCCUCAAAAUGAUGCGGUUAGUUACCAUAUGGAGUCACAUUUGACCAUUAAUUAUAGGUCUGCUCACUGAAAUUCUGAAUGUCUUUAGAACGUUGCUUUUUUUUUCUCUCUCUCUCCUCCUAGUAGAACCAAAACCAAAGGGGAACAUUUUAUAACCAGCACUUGAUUUUUUUUUUCCACUUGUUUGUAUAGAAUGUUACAAUAUAAAAUUACAUAGAAACAUCCCAACAAAAUGGCUGAAAUGUUUGUUCUAUUGAUGAGGUGGUUCCAGUGAUUUAAAGCAAACGUCUCUAGAUGUGUGGAACAGCAUUUUUGGCUCGUCUUUCGGUAGGUGUUAUUCCCCUGCUAUAGAUAUCAGCCACAGUUACCAAAGAUUGUAAAUUGCUUUUUAUGAUAUGUACUUUGUUUACAUGGUCCAUUUUGAUAUACCCGUAACUGAAAUGUUUGCCUUACAGCUAAUUGGGGACUCAGUGGGCUGUGCUGAUUGUCCUUAAGGUUGCAUGGAAUGUGUAAUGUUUAAACCUGAUUGGACAUAAAGUAUGAAAAAGUAUGAAAA